CUCCCUCGUCCGCUCUCCUUCAUCGCUUCCACCGCAGAACAGACCGCGUCCGUCGUUCAUCCUCCUGCCCGCAUGACUGGGAGUCAGACUCUGCUGCCGUACUUUACAGUGCAUUUCAACAAGAUGGGGUCGUUCCGGCGCCCUCGGCCUCGCUUCAUGAGCUCCCCGGCGCUCAGCGAUUUGCCGCGGUUUUAUGCCAGCAGACAGACCAUGCAGCUGAACUCCAGCGCCAUGUGGAACAGUGUGCAGAACGCCGUCAUCAACGUGUUCAAAGGAGGAGGCCUGCAAGCUAACGAACUCUACACCCUCAACGAGAACAUCAGACAUUUACUGAAGAGUGAACUUGGCUCGUUCAUCACGGAUUACUUUCAGAAUCAGCUGCUGUCCAAGGGUUUGGCCUUAAUGGAGGAGAAAGUCAAGUUGUAUGAAGGUGAAAACCGUGUCUUGAUUCUUUCCGAACUGUGGGAUCAUUUCUUCACUGAAAUCCUUCCAACGCUCCAGGCCAUAUUCUAUCCCGUCCAGGGCCAGGAACUUACCAUUCGGCAGAUUGCUCUUCUUGGCUUCAGGGACCUGGUUCUUUUAAAAGUGAACCUGGACAGAAGGCUGCCGCCGUUCAUGAAGUCACCAGUUCCACCUCCCAUCCUACAGAUGCUGCUGAUCCUCCAGGGUAUCCACGAGCCAUCAGGACCCAGUGAAGGCUACCUGAAGCUGGAAGAGCUGGUGAAAAUGGUAGUAUCUCCAUAUCUGGUGGCAUAUGGGGACAGAAGCUACAACCACAGUAGUGCUCCCUGUAUACUUGAACAUCGAUUCCCUAAAUGUCACCUAAGAUCGGACACUAUGCCCUACACGCCACUUGAAGGUUCCUCCCUUCCGGUUGAGCGCUGCCUUUCCCCACUCACCGAACAGGAGGGGGAGGCAUAUUUGGAAAAAUGUGGAAGCGUCAGGAGACACACAGUAGCCAACGCUCACACAGACAUCCAACUUUUGGCAAUGGCCUCCAUCAUGCAUCCCAGAUCCGAGGAGGCAGAGCUUUCUAACGAGUGUCUACUACUGCAGCCCAGUUUCUCCCAGCGACAGUUUAGCAGUGAGCCAAAUAUCCUAGACAAUCCAUCACAGUUGCUUAGUACUGGUCCCCAUGACAGCCCAGAACACAGCUGCCCAUCCCCCAGCUGACGUGUACCCCAAAAACUGUGUGAAGACCUUGGAUGAGCAGUUGCAAAUAAUUUUAUGGGAUGCCUACGGCCCCAACGACGCCUAGUCCGCCGAGUGAAAACAGACUAAUCACACUAUGUCUUACCAAGAACUUAACGCAAUAAUAAUAACAUAGAAAAUACUUUUUUAAGGUACUUUCAUAUUUUAAUGGUAGAUUGAUAAGGUACAUUUUUUCUGGAGUCUUUGAUUGCGACUAGUUCAAAAAUGUGUCUCAGUGAAUGGAUGGGGACAGCAAAUCAACCAGCAGUGAGAGACUGGAAUGGCUUUCAGAAUAAGAAUAAGCCCAUGAAUCCUGCCCAAGAUAGUGCUUCUUUUUUUUGUUGUUGUUGAAAACUUGAGUUUUUUGUGUGUUUUUUUUUUGUUUUCUCUCAUUCAUUGAAGUGCAUUUAGAAUUGUGAGGAGGAGAAAAACAAACUGGAAAAUUAAAUAUAUUUUUAUUUAUUUAAUCCUUACUGUUAUUUUUGUAACUUUGCAUUUCGUAUUGACAUUGGAUUAAAAAAGUGGCACUGCAUGUAUUA